UUGCACUUUGUAGUAUUUCAUUUUUACCAAAAGUUUGAACAAACUCUGCUAUGAUUUUAGAUAAAAUUCGUAAGAAUACCACUUUAAAAAGUGACGGAAGACUUUAUGGUGGUUACAAUAUUAGUAUUAAAGAGGUUCCUUAUCAUGUCGGCAUUGAAAUAAAAUCUGUACAUCGAUGCAGUGGCUUCAUCAUAAGUCGAACUUACGUCUUAUCAGCUGCUCACUGUUUCGAUGAAGUUAAAAGCCCUCAAGAGAUAAAAGUCAGAGCUGGAACUACGUACAAAGAAAGGGAUGGUGUCUUAUAUGGCGUCAAGAAAUUUUACAAUCAUCCACUUUAUGGGACAAAAGAAAACGUCUAUGAUUAUGAUUUUGCAAUCUUAGAACUGACACGGAAAAUAACUUAUAAUAACAAUACUAUAGCAAAAAUCGAAUUACCAAAACAAAAUGAGAAAUUUUCUGAUAACAUUGUGCUAAAGGUCACUGGCUGGGGUUUUACAGAAGAUGGUAUAGAACAUUACACAUUGCGAGCUGUAGAUAUACUUAAAAUUAAUCACAAAAAAUGCUACGACCAAUAUAAAAAUACUAUUUACAAAGGAAUAACACCAAGAAUGUUCUGUGCUGGUUCACCAGGAAAAGAUGCUUGUAAAGGAGAUUCUGGUGGAGCUUUGGUUAGGACUAGAUCAGAAGGACGUAAAGUUGCAAUUGGUAUUACAUCUUGGGGCAAAGACUGUGCCUUACCAGAACAUCCUGGCGUUUAUGCAAAGGUUUCAACAGUUAGAGACUGGAUAAAAAAUAUAACUAAUGUUUAAUAUUAUUUUUUUCCGGUAUACUUCGAAAGAAAAGAUUUUUAACUAGAGACUUGGUCAUAAAUUUAGAAAAAAUACACUUUAUCAAAAUAAAUUUACAAUCAAACAAAAAUUGAUGUGAAAGUUAUGCUCAACGCACAAUAACUUUUGUUUUGUAAACAUGUUUUUGACAUUUCAGUGAGAGUAAGCGAGAUCUAAAUCUCGUCUUCUCGCUCAUUCUAAUGGGAAAUUUUGAAAACAUGUUUACAAACAAAAGUUAUUGUGCGCUGGUCAUUAUGCCCAACGCACAAUAACUUUUGUUUGUAAACAUGUUUUCAAAAUUUUCUAUAAGAGUGAGCGAGAUUACUAGAUCUAGAUCUCACUCACUCUCAUUGCAAUGCAAAAAAACAUGUUUACAAACAAAAGGUAUUGUGCGCUAGGCAUUAGAGAUUCUGUUUGACAAAUUUUAUCAAAAAAAAACUAGAUCCAAAAAAAGCCCAGAUUCAAAAAAGCGUUUUCGUAUUAUUCAUCCCGAUUAAUAAAGUUUGUUUAGUGGUCAAAUUCGAGAAGAAGCGUUAUGUACUCAUGACUUAAGGAAUUCAAACUUUCCAAAAUCGAUUGAGAGAUACGUUCUUUUUAGAAUUUCUUGAAAUCUCGACCUAGAAAUGUUGCUAAAAAAUAAUCACAAAUGAAGGAAAAAACCGCUUUCACGACAUUUUCAAUGAGUCGAUUUAUGGGGAGGUUCCUCGAGACCGUAAAGCACUAUCUCAAACCGUUUGGCCUCUAGCUCUGUUCGUGAUAAGACGAAUGGACAAACAGCGUGAGAUCAUUUCAUCGUGACUCACAUUAGUUUAAUAAAAGCUCCAUGAAGCUCCUUGAAAUGGCCAUUAGAUGCUGACUGGGCUUUAAUGUGGACCUGGGUAUGAAUUCUGAUUUGAUGAGUUUUUCACGUGAGAAAUUCACGGUUCUGAGAUCACCUUUAAUAAGCCUUUUGUCAAGCUUUCGUAAAAACAUUCAUGUGAAUUCUUAGAUGCUAUAAGUAUUUCACGUGAUAUUUUUUGUGAAAGCUUCACCAACCUUUACAAGACACAAUCAAAAAAACCGUGAGUUUCUCACGUGAAAAACUCACGCAUCUCAGAAUUCAUACCCUGGUCCACAUUAAAGCUCAGUCAGCAUCUAAUGGCCAUUUCAAGGAGCUUCAUGGAGCUUUUAUUAUACCCUGGUCUUGGAGCUUUAAUUAUAUUUAUUACACUCUGGUCCAGAAUUUUACUACGAGAAUUUGUCAUAUGACAUCGUUAUAAGGUAAAAUGCGUUCAAGUCAACCGAUUCCUCAAUUCGACCGGUAGAGUUAUUUAUUCAAUUUAUUUAUAUUUGCACUAAUAUUUGGCGUAUAGGUCAAUUAUUUCAUAAAUAAAUACGAAUCAGUGAAAAUUUUAUAGAAAUUCACCAUCAAACAUUCAAAUAUUGACCCACCGGUCGACUCGAGGGCACUUUACUCUUACGGAAUUUCCCUACUGGAAGAUGAUCCAGCAACCACAAGAUCUGCGAGGUACCGCUACCUACCAUUCGAAAUAAUCCUCGCAAUGAAAUCCACCGCACGGGUAUCGAGAUAACCGGGCAGUGGAAGACCGAAUGUGAACUUAUCAUAUGCGGACACAUGAUCAUAUUUGCGAAGUCAGAUCCGAAGACAUAAAUUAAAUGCAACUCUCAGACGACUAUGUGCAUCAGCAUGUGUUCUGAAGAACAACUCACAUCCGUAGGUGAAAAAUGGAACAAUAAGUGCUCUAACUCUGUUUGUCCAUCCGUUGUGUUAAAGAUAUCAAAGAUAUCUACUUGGGGUCUUUAUCCGUAUGACCUUUAUUUAUGGUGGUUUUCCAAUGAUAAAUGAACAUGUUUUAUUUAUCACUCUACUGUUCUCAAGUGCUUCUAAAUUAUCGACUUUUCUUUGGGACGGUUCCUGUCACGGUUGUUUUGUGGUUUUAGAACACGGUCAAAACUUGAAAAAACACUCGAGACAGUAAUUAACAUAAGGAAAACUGAAAAAUAUUAUUCUCUGAAGAAAGUAUUUCUGUGACCCAAUUGGGACCCAUUUAGAUUCAUUUGAAAGGUCUUUGACUCCCGGACAAAAUUAAAUUUCUCUUAACUGGUUAUUAUUAUUAAUCGUAUCGAGACAUUUUAUUUGUUAUUACAAUGUAAUCAUUAGAAAGUGCCGCGCGAUGGAAAAAUUGCUGAUCGUAGAUCGCCCAGAAAUACCUUCCGCGUAGUGAAUGCUUUUUCCGUGCUCCUGAAGGUUUCUGGGCAGAGGCGGUGCAUUUAAUUACGUUUUAUCAAAAUGAAAAAAUCUUUUUCUCGACAUUCAGUUGCUUGCACCGGGCGGGACUCGAUGUCACGGCUGUGAGAGUCAAGUCAGAGAUCUCACCGCCCAAGAGCCAACGGUCUUGCCUAUUUCGCCACUGAGAUCCCCUCUUAACCGGUAAAGCACUAAUAAAAUAAUUUUUUUUCUGAAAUUUACUUUUAAUAUUACUACACAAUUUUAAGUUGUACAAUUUCAAACGUUUUGCGAUAUGUUCAAAGUUCCAAACAAGGUGAUUUGAUCCCUGAAUUGUCACUUUGAAUCAAAUAAUUAAUACGAAACGAAUAUUUAGGACAGAGACUCAAGAAUGGUUAGACUUGAUUUAGACUUAAAUGGUUUAGACUUUCGGUAACUGAGCUAAAGCUCUAGUCUCAAGCACGUAUUCAAGAAUUUGACUGCAAAACCGGGACCACCCAAUCACUUUUAUUUACAAUGAUUUUAAGUAUCGAAAGUUACAAAUCUUUUCUUGUAUUGCCUUCAGGAUAGGGGUGAUUCAUUGUCAUUUCUAAUUCGAAACUUUAAGAUUUCCUCACUGAUUCAGAUGGGAAAAGUGCAGUACUUCUUCAUGAGUUUGUUCCCAAAGUUCCGAAUUAGAAAUGACUCUGAAUUACCCCAUUUUACUUCAUAUUUCUCAUUUAAAAGAAUGAUCUGUCAAUUAUGCUAUUCUCGAAUGGUUUAAAAGCCAAAUAAUCACAAUUCUCACCAAGACCUUAAUGUAUUAAUAAAUUUUUGAUUGAAUGCAUUAAAUUAGUUGCAAUAAAAAUCUAA